UCACCCCAAACCCCCGCUCGCCGCCGCCGCCGAUGGCACCACCCGACACGGCAGCUCCUCGGUUCGCGGUUCCCGCAGCAACCACCUGAUCGGCCGUUUCUUGCAUCCGCGGUUAUGGCGCCGCGCUCCAAGGAGAUGAACGACGACCCGAUGGCCAAGCUAACCGACGACAUCCUCGCCGAAAUCAUCUCGCGCGUGCCGUACAAGUCCACCUGCUGCUGCAAGUGCGUCUCCACGCGCUGGCGUGACCUCAUCUCCCACCCCGACCAUCGUGAGAAGAUGCCCCAGUCCCUUGCCGGCUUCUUUUGUAACGACUACAGCAUUGACCCCUUACCCAGGAUUGCUCGCCGUUUCACCAACGUCUCUGGAAAAGGUGAACCUCUCGUCGACCCCUCGCUGCCAUUCCUGCCCAAAUAUGAGAAUGUUGAGGUCUUGGACUGCUGUAAUGGUCUCCUCCUCUGCCGCUGCUGGACGGCGACUGAUCCCAAGACAUUAGAUUACGUAGUGUGCAAUCCCGCCACCGAGAAAUGGGUGGUCGUGCCUGCCACCGAGUGGUCCAGCAAGGUGAACGUCGCCCGCUUGGGGUUCGAGCCGGCCGUCUCCUCUCACUUCCAUGUGUUUGAGUUUGUACCUGCCGAUGUCUUCUGGAAAAGGCAUGAACCUUCUGCUUAUGCAGUCCCAUGCUUCAUAAAGGUGGGGAUCUACUCGUCCAAAGCUGGAGUUUGGAGUGAGAAGAAAGUUCCGGCGUCGACCUGUGGACUUGAAGUUCCCGUGGAUUCAAGAACCGUUUUCUUAAGAGGGACGUUGUAUCUAUCUGCCUUUUAUGGUCUGGUUGUUGCUGUUGACUUUGAGGGAAACAACUGGAGGUUCAUCCAUACUCCUGCAUACAGAGAGGAUACCCCUGAUGGUAUUUAUCUAUCACAAGGACAGUUGUAUUUUACACAUGAAGGUGAUUCUGAACUAUCAAUCUGGGUUCUUGAAGGUGAAAAUUGGACCUUGAAGCAGAGUGUUAGCUGCCUACAAUUGUUUGGAGAAUUGUAUUCAUUAAUUGGGAAGUAUUACAAGGUCAUCUCAAUCCAUCCAGAACACAAUGUGGUUUUCAUGGUCAGUGGGCCUGAUAAGGCACUAAUAUCCUACGACAUGGAUUCCAGGGAGCUGUGUUUUAUAUGUGAACUUGGAUGGGAUUGCACAAUAACUUCUUAUAUUCCAUAUGUUCCCUUGUUCUCAAAGUCACUGGCAGAUGGGCACUAGAAGUCCCUACUUGUUUAGCUUCACAAUUGUCUUAUCUUUAUGUUGAUGAUAUUGGACUGGAGCUAGGUCUUGGAUCCGAGCAACACUUAACUUGGGAAGACCUCUAUGAUGUUGUGGUAGUUCUUGUUGGUGCUUUGACUGAACUAUGUACCUAACUUCAUUCAGAUAGCUGCUGUAGUUCAGUUAACUUAGUAACUCUGCCUCUAUGUUUGUACUAAUAUAUAUUAUCACCCUAGUAGUUUACCAUGGAUACUAUAAUUAGUCUGUC